AUGGCCGAAGCCAACGUGGCCGAUGUGGCCGACGUGGAGCGUCACCGAGAAGCGAUCACUGCUGCUUUUCAUAAGUUCGAUCUCAACGGAGACGGGAAGAUCAGCGAGGCCGCGCGAGACGCGGAGCUGAAAGCAGUGCUGCAUAUCCUGGACCCUACCUUCAGCCCUGACGAUCUGGAUUCCAUCUUUGCAGAUGCGGAUCGGGCGGCCAUGAAGAUCCAGGCGGUGGCUCGAGGCCGCGCAGCCAGAAGGAAAGUGGCCGUGAAGCGUGCAUCGCGGAGGAGCGAGCUUGGACUCGCCCUUUGGCAAGUUUUUGGCUUCUCCGAGGGAAAAGGAGACGGGGGUGGGCAGAAGAAGUCGGAGGGCGGUGCGAGGGGAGAGGCCAAGGACGGCCCGGAAGCCCGGAAAGCCAGAAUGCCUGAGGUGAAGCCCAUGACCGUUGGGGAGCUUUGGGAUGGCCUGGCCCUGCGACACGGGACCAUCCGGAAGCGAGUGGAUGUUGUCGACAUCGUGUCCGGGUUCAAGUUCUGCAAGAGGACUGGACUCACAGUGGAGCUGGCUUCCUUGACGUCGCAGCCCGACAGGGAACCGGAGGAUCUUUCCCCGGAGGAGGUCAGCCACCUCUCUUUGGUGAUCCAGGGCCGCCAGACUGAUGUGGAUGACGACGAGGCGAGAAAGCAGAUCGCACUCAUCAAGGACGAGGCGAGGAAAAGCGAUUACUUCGGGCCCGUCCACGAAUCCAUGAAGGGGAAGCAUUUCAAGAACCUCGUUAAGCUGAUUUCCAGCUUGAUGCAGCUGGAUCAUGAGCUGCUUCUGGAGCACUGGUACUGGGCUGAGUUCGGCCUUUUCAUGCCGUGUGUUCCGAUCCUCGAGCUACUGCUGACCACGGUGGUCUACAGCAAGGCCCGCUUAGCUGCACUUGUGAGCAAAAAGGAGAUCGGUGACAAGUCCGGAACUGGCUUGGUCAACCAUCCGUUCCACAUCAAGGAUCUUAUGCUUCUGGCCUACAAUGGUGGGCUCAUCGGAGUUCCGGAUCGGAUUUGCAUGACGUCAGAGGAGGUGCAGGCAGUCUGGCCAGCGCUCCUCAGGCCCAGAAGCCGGUGCGGUGGCUUUGGGCCUUGGGGAUGUUAG